AUGUUCGCUCGUCGCUGCUCUCGCCUAGUUUCAUCCCGGACAUCAGUCCCUUUGGCCUCCUACAUAGCCCGCCUGCGACCGUAUUCGUCCGCUGCAAUGUAUGAGAACAUACUCGCUUCGACGCCAAAGCCCGGCGUAGGUCUGAUCACCCUUAACCGGCCCAAGGCUUUGAAUGCCCUCAACAGCGCGCUUUUUGUUGAGCUGAACGAUGCCUUGAGCAAGUACGAAAAUGAUAAAGACAUCGGUGCCAUUGUCAUCACUGGUAGCGAGAAGGCAUUUGCUGCCGGGGCCGAUAUCAAGGAAAUGGCACCUCUUACAUUCUCCGCUGCCUACGGUAACAACUUCAUUGAGCCCUGGUCCCACCUGGCCAAUACAAUCCGCAAGCCUGUUAUAGCUGCAGUGUCUGGAUAUGCUCUUGGUGGCGGAUGCGAACUGGCGCUAAUGUGCGACAUCUUGUACUGCACAGCCAGUGCGAAUUUUGGCCAGCCUGAGAUCAAGCUAGGUGUGAUCCCUGGUGCUGGCGGGUCCCAGCGUCUCACUCGUGCCGUUGGUAAGAGCAAAGCUAUGGAACUUAUUCUUACAGGAAAAAUCUUUAGUGGCAAGGAGGCGGGAGAGUGGGGAGUUGCCGCGCAGGUGGUUGAUGGCGGCAAGGACGAGUUGCUGGAGGUUGCGUUCAAGACAGCUGAGACUAUUGCUGGGUAUAGUCGUGUGGUGACUGUUGCAGCAAAGGAGGUUGUGAAUAAGAGUCAGGAAUUGUCUCUGCGCGAGGGUGUUGAGUAUGAGCGGCGAUUGUUCCAUGGGCUUUUUGGCAGUGCAGAUCAGAAAAUUGGCAUGACUGCUUUUGCAGAGAAGAAGAAAGCCGAGUGGUCGCACAAGUAG